CUGGCAGCUUCAUUCGCCUCUUGGCCUCUCGCGUUGCCCCCGGUUUCUCCUUCAUUUUGUGACAAUUUGGCACCUUCGAACUCUUGCCCUUGCUCUGAUUGCUGCAGGAGUUUCUGUCCAUAACAUCAGCCUCACCUCAGGUGACUCCGCAGCCCGUCGCAAUUCGCCCGUGGCAACCGACCGCUGCGACAGACGAUCUUCCCUUGGGAUCACCAUCUCUUCGACUGAACAGGUUCUUUCCUUUAGAUUCCUGUUGCCUUUGCAAAUAGAACACAGUUUUUUACACUCCCUUGCCUAUUGCGCUCUCCGACAAGAAUUCACUACGAGUCCUUGUCCAUAGCAACCAUGUCAAACCAGCAGGUGGGCACGGUGUUCGAUCGCGUCAUCCAGGAAGUGUGCGAUGCUUCUCAAGUGGAUUUCGAGGAAAGCGGAGUGGACCAGCAAACGCUGCUAGACUUGCGCAACAGCUGGCAGAAAAAGCUGUCGUCCCUCGGGGUCGCUCAUUUCCCCUGGGAUCCUACUCCACCCCAGCCUGCUCCUGCUCAGCCUCAGAGCCAAAUUCCCCCUCCCACCACGACCGUCCCUUCUAAUGCUCCUCGACCUGCUCCCUCCCCUCAGACCCAACAGCCGCAGCCACAACAGCACCAACAGCCGCCCCCGCUGCAACAACAACAAUAUGUCCAACCUCAACAGCCGAUGCCGCAGUCCAUGCCGGGAACGGCUCCGCCGAUGCAAGCCCCUACUCCCGUCGGAGUGCCCCCCGGUGGGAUGACCCAGGCGCCUCAGAUUAAGACCGAACCCGGCGUCGCUGCUCCGCCCAACUUGCCUCCGAUGAACAAUAUGGUCCCGGCCAACUCUCCCAACCCGCAGUCAGCUCGCGAACGUGCGGCCAACAUGCUGCAUCAGAGAUUCGGCGCCGCUGCUGCCAACUCGGUCAGUCAGUUGCAGGCUCAGUCGCAGCAUGGCCUGGGUCUCCCCGGUCAGCCCCGUCCCCAAGGCAUGCCACCGGUAUCAAAUGGCCAGGGACCGCAGAUCAAGCAGGAGCCAGGAUAUCCUCCUAUGCCCCAGCCGCCUAUGAACAAUUCUCAGACGGAUGGUUCCGGCGACGACGCCCUUUCCGACUGGAAGGCUGAGGUCGCACGCCGACGAGAGGCUGCCGAGCGCCAGGGUGGCGCAGGCGAUAGAAUUCUUCGAGACCAUAUCAAAGCAAGCAUGCUUCGGUUGGAAGGAGGUGGACUCAUGUUGCCUCUGGAGGAGCAGCAAAACGCGCCCAAAGCAUCUGCACGUGCAGUUGCAUCUGCUUCAAGUGUAGACCUACCCGUCGGUUCUACUCCCACCCCGACUUCGUCCGACGAAGUAUCGCCAUCCGCCUCCAAGGCUCCUCGGCCUCAAUUCGACGGUCCCGGAGGUGAUGACGAAAAGGAAGAAGACGACGAAGAUGCCAUCAACUCUGAUUUGGACGAUCCUGACGACCUUGUCGCCGAAGACCAUGAUGCGGAAGACUCUGUGGGUCAAGUCAUGCUUUGUACAUAUGACAAGGUCCAGCGGGUCAAGAACAAGUGGAAGUGCACUUUGAAGGACGGCAUUUUGACGACAGGAGGUAAAGAAUAUGUGUUUCACAAGGGCCAAGGUGAAUUUGAAUGGUAAAUGGCUCGUACUUUACCGAUCAUUGUUUCAACAUAAAUUUGAAUUCUUCAUCUCCCAUCUGUCCUUUUCUUUUCUUUCUCAUUAACCCCUGUUCUCAUCAUUUUUGAAAACUUUCCCAAUAUCCCUUUUUCACAUUUUCUCACGUCCUUGAGUAAGACAUGAAGAAAAGAAGACAGCCCUGUCGAUUUGUGUCAUGUGCACCUCGUCAGCGAGGAUUUUCGACUUGGACGCUCGCCUCUUUUCUUUUCUUGUUUAACGCUUUCCAUUCCCAUUUGCCGCAGUAUACUCUAUCUACCAACGACUUUUUUGUCUCAUGAAGUAUGCCAGGAUGUCUACGCCGCCCGGACUUUGAUUAUCUCCAUGUUACCUUGCCACUUUGGAUGCACAAUGGCGCUUAUGCAGGUGGACGUUUUUUACUUCUUUUCUGCUUGCUUCUAUCUUUUUUCUUUAUUCCAGUGUACUAGAAUAAUCAAAUGAAUGAAACUGGAGUUAU